GUGAGGGAUGUAGGUAUAGUACGAAUAGCCAAGCGGUCCGCGUUUGAUGAGUUUUGGUGUGCGUGUGGCUUUCUCGGUAGAGAAUCGUAUCAGGCCGUUAUUCAUGUAUUCGGCUUCCGGGAAGAGUACUAACGUAAUGUUCACCUUGACUUCACAUGAACCCACAACUAUUGAAUGCCCUGUCUUCAUCAUUUGUGGGUCAGUUGCCAUAUCUAGCUGACGAUAAUCCUCUUCGCAGGGUUCUUCGUGGGCGCGUACGGGAAUUCGAGUAAGCCACGAGCACAGGGGUUCUCCCAUCUUCUGUGUCCCCAUAAGCCCAUCCCCCCACCAGUAUUAUGCCCUCUGAUGCCAAAGAGUGCAAGGCGCACGCCUACUCCACCCGCCGCCGACGACAUGCCCCUCGCCGCGUUUUUCGCUCAAUUUCAAUCCUUCUCAUUCAAUGCCAAUCAGUCCUCAAACAAGAACUUCGAUCGCCUGAUCAAGGUCCUCAAUUUUGGACCCAACGACCCGCAGAGGCGUGCGGCACGGGAGGGAUUUAAAGACGCGCUCGUUCUGGAGUUCAAUGAACGUUUCGGAACUGACGGGAACGAUAUUGCUGCCUGGCAGAAUUUAUGCUGUGUGCUACGAAUCGUUCCUGUUCCAGAUACGAUCCAGGAGUGUCGCCAGCGCGUUUGGGAUACGCAUGUCAACCUUGUAGACCUGGUUGAUACAGCGAGGAAUGGGACGCCUGUAGAGCUGUUUGCAUCCCUGGGGGAACUGACUGCAUAUACUCUCCAGACGAAAAAAUUCUUUCCGAAACACAAUGCGUAUGAAGGCGGGUUACUGAAGGAGUUGCUGAGAGAAAUUAUAAACACGUACCACGGGAAACGCAGGAAUGGGAGCUCGAAGAGAAAAGAAAGGAAGAAGAAACAGAAGGCCGCAAAGGCGGCGGCAGGAGGUGACUGAACGUAUUUAGUAGCCCAGACCAAUGGCUGGGGCUGUCCUCCUUUUGAAUUCGUUUCGCAACAUUCGCUUUUUCUACUACGUUUUCUGUACAUGCAGUAUGACGAUCCAGCGACUUGCAACACUUACCUUGUACAUGGAACUUUUUCCGAGAACGUGUGCACGUU